UUUUUAACACUGCGUGUAUUUCUGUCUUGCUAAAAACGAGGUGUUUUGUUCAUCCGUGAAGCAACAGCGUCCUCUCUCUUACUUAUAAUACAAAGUGAUCGGGUGUCGGGGUGAAUCGCACUGUUGAGCAUACGUCUGUAGGUGUGAAGCGUUCUCUUCUAACGCAACAACUUCUGUCACGUGACUCGACGACGUACAGUCCUCCACUCUGCGUUGAUGCGGGUGGGGGGGGUUUCCAUCAUGGCGUCGAUGCAGAAAAGGCUACAAAAAGAAUUAUUAGCCCUGCAAAAUGAUCCGCCCCCGGGAAUGACACUUAACGAGAAGAGUGUACAGAACACCAUCACACAGUGGAUUGUAGACAUGGAAGGAGCACCUGGCACACUCUAUGAAGGAGAGAAGUUCCAGCUUCUUUUCAAGUUUAGUAGUCGAUAUCCUUUCGAUUCACCUCAGGUAAUGUUCACAGGAGAGAAUAUACCUGUCCACCCACAUGUGUAUAGCAACGGUCACAUCUGUUUAUCUAUUCUGACGGAGGAUUGGUCGCCAGCCCUGUCAGUGCAAUCUGUUUGUCUUAGCAUUAUCAGCAUGUUGUCCAGCUGCAAAGAAAAGAGACGACCGCCUGAUAACUCCUUUUAUGUAAGAACGUGUAACAAAAAUCCAAAGAAAACAAAAUGGUGGUAUCAUGAUGAUACAUGCUAAUGUACAAAGUUUGUAAUAAUCUUAGAAGAACGAAGUCCUACUGACCUUCAUAAAGCACUUUUUAAUCAUUCAGUCUUGGAACUCUGACCUUUGACUGGAACAGUGUAAACCAUACGCUGGAGGCUCUUUACUGCAGGUCCCCAACGGGCAGUUGGCUGCAUGUUUUAGUUCGUUGUAACAUAGAAAAUUCAAAUCAAAAAAUGUGUAGACGCACCCAAAAAGUAUCGUUUUUGGCAGAACGGCGGUGAUGCAACGAGCAACAAAGGCAGAUUUAUACUGAGAUAAUUAAAGUUCCUGUUUUAAGAUUAUCAUUGUUACUUUUUUGUUUGUGUGUGGGUGCAUUUUAAGGUCCUUGUGUUGUGCAAUAAUAAUUGAUGGAUGCAUGCUUGGGCCCAAAAACAGAGAAAUCUAAAACUAAUCGUCUUCUGGAAGGGAUCCGACCAUCGAGUGCCCAAGAAAAUGCUUCAUCGUUUUUAUUCUUAUUGUUAUUAUUAUCUGCACUGUGGAAGUAUUGAGUUUGAAAAGGAGCUAUUAUUACAUAAUUCUGUAAGCAGUCCUCCAUUUAUCAGGUUUCCGGGUUUUAGUUUGUACACAGUUUUCUUCAUCUUCCAACUCCAGAUGUGGUUACAGUUCUUCCUGCUGUUGGACAGAAUGUGCGUACAGAUGGGAAUAAAACGGAUAAAAUGAUAGAUCUUGGGAUAAUCUGAUGACCUCAGUGUGCAUCUCCUCCAAAGGUUGGGGUGGUUGUCACUAGUCCAGCCUUUAAGAUGUGGAGCAGCCUCUCUUCCUUUUAAAGAAUGUCUGCGAGAGUACAUCGUUACGCGAUUAAUUUUUUGAUUUGUAUGGUACUUUUUUUAAAUUAUUGUUACUGUUCUUGCUUUAAUUUUCUUUCCUCUCAAAUGUUUGAUUUUAAAUGUCUGUUUUGUACUGUUUUUCGACACGCGGAUACUUUAAGAAGGGGGUCGUUUUGAUGGGUCAGUAUGGUUUGGAUUUUUUUUUCUUUUUGAAUUUGUAAUUUAAUUUGAAUCAUUGUUUAAUCUGAAGAGCGGCAAUGAAUGACAAAAAGGAGAGUCUGUGUAUGAGUCGUACAGACGAGGCUUUUGUGACCUCUUUUUUGUUUGUUGUUGUUUUGUUUUUUCUCCCCCCUGGUCAGAGUUUUGGCUCAGGUACUUUUUCAAUAAAGAGAUCACCUCUAAAAAGAUACCUAUUAGAUAUUUUGAAUUUAACUAUAUUUUCACCAAAAGAGACUGUUAUGUUGUAAACUUAAAACAAGUAUGAAAUUGUUGUAAAUAAGUCUUUGCAGUGUCGAAUGAUGUGACAGAAGUUAACAGAGGAUGCAUUUUCUCUAGCUGAAUUAUAAUAGGAGUGCUUUAUUUCAUUGGCAGUUAGUUUGCAUCUUUUGCUAAUUAGGAUGUGUACAGUCAGCACAAAACAUGUAAGUUGGUUUAAAAUAAAAACAAUUAGUUUAACAGUUGGGAUGCAUGCUAUUUUAACCCCUAUGUUUUCUUAUUGGCAUCAGCUUUUUAGUCUUUCCAUAACUUAGCGAAGGGUUCAUUGGAUUGAUGAUACAAAACACACUUCCAGAGGCUGUGGUCCUUUCAGACUGUAAUCACUCCAUUCCUGAACAAAUGUUUUCACGCCAUCCAGUAAGAGAUACUUGAAUUUCCCAACUCGGGUUGUUUGUACUUACUUUAUUUUUUUCCCUUUUCAUUUGUCAGGGUGAAGUUUCUUGAAUGAACUCGAGUGAAUGUGAUGAUUCUCAAUACUGUAGAGGAGAAUACCACAGCGCACUGCUAUGAAAAAAAUAAACAAAAACUAUAUUGAUCUAUUUAAAGAUGUAUAUUUAACCAAUGAAACUUUUUUUCGUUUGUCUUUGCUUCUUUUUAAUGGGUUUUGUCGGCUGUCGGUGAUGAGCUGAGACAAAGACAGAGAAAUAACGUUUAAAUGCAGUCAGAGCUCCAUCAGUGAACGUGGACGGCCGCCAGCCAGUCAGCAGUAGAUCAGAUGAGAUUUUAAAAGCUUGAGUGAAAAUGUUACAAAGGUUUGGAUGUGACUUUUCCCCCUCCUUUUAGGUUGCUUUUUCCUCUUUUCAAUGUGGUUUGAACUCUUAGCUUGCCGUUUGUUGUGAGUGAUGGACACUAAUGCGGGUUUGUUUAUUUAUAUUUGAACUUUUGUUCUGGGAUGUGCAAGCUCCAUGUAAUAGGUGCCUGUUCAUUUUCAUAAUCGAUAAUAAAAGCAAAGAUUCACUUUUAUUCAACUUUGGUUUGCA